AUGACUCAACUCAACGAGGACAUCUUGAAAGACAUUUUCUCGUUUCUGGAGCCCAACACCAGAUACAUAAUUGCUGCUCGUUGCCUAUCCCUUCGACCAAUCCACAAAUCCCUUCCAAUCCACAUUGACCAUCUGAAGAUCUCCCGUUCUAGCUUUUCCAUCAACGGCUCCACCCACGCCUUCCGGAGCAUGAUUCAAGAGGCAGAAGAGCAAAAACUCCCUAGACACCUCCAGGAAAUCAAUGAUGACUAUGGUGUCCCUUACGACCUGACCUCCACUGGUAAACGUGACGAUGAUGCUGACCUUCUCUUCCAGGAUGUUCAAGUUGGUGGUAUUCGCUUUGCUCAGAACUUCAUCGACCAGUUCAACGCGAAUUCUGGAAGCCUGGAAGGUCAGAUGAACGAAUUUAUCAGAGUAGCGGCUUCGAUGCGAGGUGGCAGACUCCCAGUAGUUCAAUGCACCCCAUACAUCCAGUAUACGCUGAGCAAUGACUAUCAGAUGAGCACUGUCACCUAUCCACCUGGAAAUCGAAUCCGACACGCUAUCAGAAGACAUCUAGGCAACGUCCUAGGCAAUGGAGAAGUGUCGGUGCGGCUUUUGGAGAUUGAUUGCCAGGACGGUGUGCUCAGAUUCCCUGGAGACGUCAAACUCAAGGUUCAGGAGAUCAAGCUUCGGAGAAAUGGCAACGCUGUGCUUCACGCCAUCCGACCUGUCAUCUCAGAACGAUCUUUUCCUCUCCAGAAGAUUUCGAUUCUGGUACAGGAAGCUGGCGACCCAGUAUUCCAGAAUCAAGUCGUCAAGGCAUCCGGAGCAGUCGACAUCCGAAUUGAUUAUGAUCCAGAUGGCAACUGGGCAGAGGCACUUAAGAAACUUCCCAACAAAAUUGUGCAUAUGGCAGUUGGCGAGAUUCCAAUUGAGCAGCUCGGAGAGUUGGCAUUCGGCUGGAUGGAGAAUCCAAGAAUGGAAGGAUCCAAGUUCUCCAUGCCAUCCAAAGAUGUGGCUACGAUUCUGGAGAGAGCUGCAGAAGUGCUACCAGUAUGCAAUGCCACGAUUGAGAGCAGAAGAUGCGACGAGUUUCCUGUUGGAGCCAGUAUUCAGAUCUCCGAGGAUUUGGAGAUCAACAUCUAUGGAGCAAUGGCUCCAAAUCAUGAGAAGGAGCUGCUGAAGCCGAAUGGUAAGCCAUGGAUGAUUGUGAUGGAAUCCAUGGCCUUUGGAUCCGCUGCGCCAAUGGCGCCUACUCCAAAACCUCCAAAAACUCCAGUUAAGAAAGUGUCAAAAGCACAAUCUUCACAAGAAUCCAAAAUUCAAGGGCUACCAUACAAAAAAAUCCGACAACUGGGAAAAGGAGCAUUUGGGGUAGUAGAUCUCAUGAAAAGGAUUACAAAUCCAAAAGAAAAAUUCGCUGUAAAAAUUCAACAAAUCGGAAAACGGAGUCAUAAAAUUAAAGAGGAGUUUAAGAUUCACAAAGGAUUAGAUCAUACAAGUAUUAUCAAAGUUUUCGAGUUGAUCCAAUUUGAAAAUCAAUACUAUAUGGUAAUGGAAUACGCCAAUAAAGGAGUUCUAUGGGAUUUGAUCCCAAAAGAUGACGUAUUGGAUGUUGAAGUUGCUCAGAAGCUAUUCCAACAAUUGAUCGCAGGCAUCAAGUAUCUCCAUAGUCAGGGAAUUGUUCACAGGGAUAUUAAACCCGAUAAUUUGUUGAUUUUUAAAGAAGAGAUUUUGAAAAUCUGUGAUUUCGGAAGCGCCAAAAAGUAUCUCAAUGGUGAUCAAGAGAUCUUUUUCCCCACUGGUGCUGGCGCCAAAAGCUUCAAUGCUCCUGAAAUAUUUAGUGAAGACCAAUUUCGAGGUCCACCUUUAGAUAUCUGGGCUGCUGGACUAGUUCUAGUAUGUAUGCUGGUCAAUAGUCAGCCAUGGGAGAGAGCCUGUCCCGGUGACAAAGGAUACUCAGCGUGGAAGCGAGGAAAACUGUUCAAUGAGUGGCCGUGGACCGAAGUGGACCCAAUGGCAAUGUCCCUUAUCAGUUGGAUUCUAAUGGAGGAUCUCAAUAGGCGCUACACAAUUGAGCAGAUCGAGAAAAGCGAGUGGUUUCAGUACGAGUAUGAUUGA